UGCAGACGACAUAUUUUAAUUCUUAAUAAGCUUUGGUCGUGAAAGCACUCAAGCGUGAAGUUUCCACCGCAUGGCAGCUCAGCGACCAAAAAAAUAAGCACAACAGUUGCAAAAACAAUAGCAAAUUACAUAAAUCGUGAGUGCUUGCUUGCAGUAAAAAGAAAAAAAGGCAAAGGAAAAAUUCAAAUAUUUGAGGCACAAAUCUCCAUUGUCUUAGGCAGCAGCGCACACACUCACACACACAAGUAGAAUUGCCUACAGCCAUAAAUAUCAAAUGUAACAACAAAGCGUGCGCACAUAAAUUACAAAUUAACAUACUUAAUGUAAUUACAAACGCCGCCAUUCUCGCGCAUAUUUACACGCUAAGCUCACGCCUUCGCCUGUCGGCCGAGGACUACAACAAUACCAGUACCGAUGGCGGCGCAUUCAUACGCAGGAUUCGCUGGAUUCAUGGAUUGUAUGCGCCGCUACUGGCUAAUAUGCUGCCAAAUAAUACUAUUCGUUUGUUUGUUGUUUUUGCUAAUAGCAUUAUUACGCCCGUCGUACAUCUUGACCAACGGCAAUGACAACGCGUACAGCAACAACAACAACCACAAAGCAAGUACGCAACGUAACGAUGAUUUUCCAACGCAAAUUCGCAAUAAAUUAGAUGAGAAUCCCAACAGUCAGCAGGAAGCGCAACAACACCUCAACCGAAGCGUUGCCGGCGCCGUUGUUGGUGUGGUCAUCAGUGGUUUACUUGACGACCACAACAAUUUGCCCAAGUCACGCAUCGCUGCUGGACGCGACUAUGGCGUAAAAAAUGCUUGGCACGCAAAUAGCAGCACGCCCGCGGAGGGUACCGCAGUCGUUAUGGAUGACGUAGAAAUUAGUACCAUCAGAGCUUGGAGUCAGUAUAACAGUGAAGUUAACAGCUGUAAUGCAGUUGACAAUAGAAGCAGUGUGCAGAAUUCUUUUCAACUCACAGCUUUGGGGAAUAUAUUGAAGCGCAGACAGAAAAAGUUCAUAAUUUUCAAUGGAGGCGGUACGGUGAAGUACCUGGUAGCUGUAUCUAUACCAAUUAUUCUACCCAACCCGCAGCACUCAAUUUCUCAUUACUAUAAUAUACAAAGUCCCCAUGUACCACUACCAAGACCGCUUUAUUGGUGGGAUUUUUUCAACUCCAGCACUUUUGCUGCACGUCGUCAGCAGCGUCAAUUAACCGAGGCCACACCAGUGAAGCUUCAUCCCAAAAUUAAGCACGAUGCAAGUCGCGAGUAUAUUUACGAAGCACUCGAACAAAUUUUUCAACAGCAUGGUAUACCAGGUGAAUCUUGUUUACUACAAGCCAUUUGUGAAGUCUCUCAACUGCCGUUUCAUGUACCACACAUUUGGAGAAAUGAUUUGCGACACUUGUGGCACGCCAUGGUUAAUGCCAUUUUAAUACCCACUGUACCCAAUGUUGAUAUGAAAUAUUUGCAUGCCAGCCAAGCGGGACGUUUCGGUGUUGACUGUCAACAAGCAUUUAGUGAGUGCCCACAAACAGUAAAUGAGUGGCUGCGCAGAGUGGCUAAUAUGGUUUGAGAUACGAAAUUAUUUAAUGAGAGCUGACCAAAAGCUGUGCAAAUACGUUUAUCAAAUCAGCAUGUAUAUUCAUUGUAGCGCUAAACUCAAAGUGUUGCGGAAAUGGAAAACUAAUAAAGAAUUUACUACCGAAUUUUAUGAAAUAGAAUAAUGGUGAAAAAUUUUUCAAAAAAGUAUAGACCAACUGGAUACACAUUAUGUCCAUAUUUUCAUUUAAAAUUUACAGUUUGCCUUUUUAUAAUGGAAAGAUAUACAAUCCAACAAUGAGUCGAAAUUAUUAAAAUUUACUACCCAAAUUCGGAGUCAAGGACCUCAACUUUAAGAGAGCUACGUCAAAUUUAUAGUCGUCAUAAUCGUUCUGUCAAAUCAACAAUUGAGCGUCUAGUAGAAAAUGAAUUUGAACCCCCAGGCACAGUACAAAA